AUGGCGGUCGUACCCGCUGCCUUACCGGCAUUUCCUUCGUUUGACCUUCCUUCGGAUCACACUACUAUUGGGGACCGUUGGCAGCGCUGGAUAAAUCGAUUUGAAAAUCUACUCGUUGGUCUCAAUAUCACAAGUCCAGCCCAAAAGAAAGCACUGCUUCUACAUUACAUUAGGGAUGACGAAUAUGACGUAUACACCUCGCUGGAGCCGCACCCAGGUACAGCCGAAACUGAAUCAUCCCAAGCAGAAACACGACCCGAUGCUGCCUCCACGGCAGAUGUUUACGCUACAGCUAAGAAAAAGCUCCACGAUCACUUCACGCCUAAGACGGAUGCAACACUUGACCAGCUUCUGACACAAGGCCGCACUUACGAAAUUACAACUCGACAAGUGAACGAUAUCGAGGCAUCCAUGUCUACAGAUGUGCAUCGUCUUACACGCAAGAAGUCUCAACGUAGCAACGCAUCUACUGACACGGGAACGUCAACGAGCACGCGUCAAGACAAGCAGUGUUUCAACUGUGGUGGUGCUUGGCCUCACAAAGGCGGAAAACAGUCUUGUCCAGCACGAAAUGCAACAUGCAAUGCGUGCCGGAAACGUGGCCAUUUCGCAGUCGUGUGCCGCAGUAAAAACAACACAAGCGAAAACCCAAAUGUCGUUCAUGAAGUUACAAACCAGAGUGCAGACAGCAAGUCCGGUGAUGAAGCCUUUGCACUGUUCCCGAAAAGUUCUAAAGCCCCGAGGGUGAUGCUCACUGUCUUCAACAAGGAGUUAGAAUUCAUCAUAGACACAGGCGCUACGGUGAACAUAAUUAGCCUUGACACGUACAAUAGCAUCCCGCAACGACCCCAACUUGUCAAGCCCGUGCCAAAGGUCUUUGCAUAUGGAUCGAAGAAUGAGCUUCCGUUACUAGGAAAGUUCCGGGCACCAUUCUCUUACAAGACUUCGGUGGUGGAAGAUACCGUCCUUGUCACAGCAACGCCUAGUGAGUCAUUGCUUUGUUUUCGGUUGGCUGAAGCACUUGGGCUCAUAUCCAUUGCUUACAACGUGGCGACAAGCAAAGAAAACAUUCUAAGCAAGUACCCCAAACUAUUCACUGGCCUUGGAGAGUUAAGGGAAUUUGAAGUUCAGCUCCACAUCGACCCUACGGUUCCACCAGUCGCACAGAAAGCACGUCCUCUUCCAUUUCACAUUCGUGAAGCAGUAGAAAAGGAGAUCGACAGGCUGAUACAGCUAGAUGUUAUUGAAAAAGCCACGGGUCCAACAACGUGGGUGUCCCCCAUAGUCGUGGUUCCAAAGCCACACGCUCCUGACCAAGUGCGUCAGUGCGUUGACAUGCGCCGCGCUAACCAAGCUAUUAUACGAGAACGCCAUACAUCACCUACACUAGAAGACCUCGUUACCUGCCUAAACGGUGCAAUGAUGUUCUCUAAACUAGACCGAAACGACGGCUAUCAUCAGCUGCUACUUAAGGAAGACUGUCGUCAUAUCACAACGUUUGCAACUCACAUGGGACUUUACAGGUACAAGCGGCUGAACUUCGGAAUAAACGCAGCCGCCGAACUUUUUCAAAAUACGGUUCGUCAAGUACUUGCGGGCAUUCCCGGCGUGAUAAACACCAGCGACGACAUCCUGCGUGAGCUAACAUUCUUCGGACAUAUCUUCUCAGAGAAAGGCAUCAAACCAGAUCCUGCUAAGGUACAAGGCUUCCUAAAUAUGCCACCUCCAAGAGAUGUGUCUGAGGUCAGAAGCCUUCUUGGAAUGAUCACUUACUAUGGCAGGUUCAUUCCUAACCUAGCCCAGCUAACAGCGCCUUUACGCUCCCUAACAAAGAAGGAAACACCAUGGAACUGGACAACAGAGCAUCAAAAAGCACUGGACCAGCUAAAAGACGUGCUCACUCAUAGCAGCAACCUGGCCAACUUCGACCAGAACAAAACCACCCAUCUCACAGUUGAUGCAGGUCCAAAGGGAUUAGGAGCCAUCCUCGCGCAGGAUGGUGGUGACAUAACUCGUGUAGUGGCAUAUGCCAGCCGUAGCCUUACAGAGGCAGAGGAACGCUACUCGCAAAUCGAGAAAGAGACUCUUGCUGCGGUCUGGGCCAUAGAGCACUUCAAUAUCUACCUCUACGGAACCUGUUUUGUGCUACACACUGACCACAAACCGCUUGUGAAUAUUCUGACAAAUCCAAGUUCGCGACCAUCUGCAAGGAUUGAACGACUGUGUCUACGAAUUCAGCAGUACAGCUUCACUGUACAACACCAGAAAGGAUCAGAAAAUCCUUCAGAUUACAUGUGCCGACAUCCUGUAGGGCAAACCAACCCAAGGUUUCGAACCAGCAAGGUACCUGACGAGUAUGUCUUAUUCCUGUCAAGAAUCGCAGUACCUCGUGCAAUAAACACCGAGGAAGUCAUUAAGGCAGCAUUGGCCGAUGUCACGUGUCAAGAACUCACACAAGCAAUUCAAGCAUGCCCCUCUAUGAGGCACGAUCUGUGGAAUAAGCCGCACGUCAAACCCUACAAGCCUCUAGAGACUGAACUGUCUGUGACGCCACAAGGUCUCAUACUGCGAGGCACAAGGUUACUGCUCCCUUCAGGUCUUCAGGAACAUGCAGUUCAGCUUGCCCACAAAGGACACAUGGGCAUGGUGAAGACUAAACAACUGCUCCGCGAGUCCGUUUGGUUUCCCAAAAUGGAUACCCUCGUAGAAAAGGCAGUGCGCAAUUGCAUUCCAUGCCAAGCUGUCACACAUGGACCAAAACGCGAUCCUAUAAAGCCAACUCCGCUGCCUGACGGUCCAUGGGAAAACCUUGCGAUGGACUUUGCAGGCCCAUUUCCGAAUGGAAAGUACCUUCUGGUGCUUGUAGACGAAUAUUCCCGUUUCCCGGUAGUGGAAGUCGUUCCGUCAACCGCAGCGUCAUCAACCAUAGCAGUGCUAAGAAGAACUCUGUCACAAUUCAGCAUCCCGAAGCAAAUAAAAACUGACAACGGACCUCCUUUCAACUCCUCAGAGUUUAAACUCUUCGCACAGGAACUCGGUUUCCGACAUCACAGAGUUACUCCGUUGUGGCCUGAAGCGAAUGGAGAGGCAGAACGCUUCAUUCAAACACUCAUGAAAGCGAUUAAAACGUGCCAUGUGGAAGAGCAGAACUGGAUGCAGAAAAUGCAUGACUUUCUGCUCUGCUACCGUGCUAGUGCGCACACCACUACAAAGCUUUCGCCAUAUGAGCUUCUCUUCGGAAGGAAAAUGUUGACCACCUUGCCGAGUUCGGUACACCGUGAGACCACGGACACACGCGACGCUUUUCUCUCGAACGAUACAAGAGCAAAAGAAAUAUCGAAAGAACGAGCAGACGAAAAACGACAUACUAAGAAACACACUCUUCAAAAAGGAGAUGUUGUUUUGGUCAAACAAAAGAAGAUUAGUAAGUUGACGUCGACAUUUGACCCGGUGCCUUAUAUUGUCGUAGAAGUCAUAGGCAGUCAAAUUUCAGCAAAAAGAAAUAAUCAUAUCAUCACACGGAAUGCAAGCUUCUUCAAAAAACUUGGAGCGGAGUACAAGCACACACCUAACGUAGAAAAUAGCGACGAAGACGACGAACUGCUUGAUGACACCAGACGCGACGACCCACAAAACCAAACCAGUAACGAUCCACCAGAUGAUGAUCGACACCACGACGGUGUUUCCGCACAGGACUCUGCACUCUUAGCCAAAUUUAUACCUUUAGGGGUAUAA